UCUUCAAACCCAGCGACGAUGGAUGAUACUGCAAGCAUCUGUAGUGAAGAAAUACCCGAAAUAUUGAAUUUCACUGCCGAUGAAUCAUUACGACACCCGCACCACUCCAGACCAUUUGUGGUAGUUUCAUCCUGUACCACAGAUAGCGAUGAUGACAGUGAAUAUGAUGACAAAUGUGUUAAUAUCGAAAGUGAGACUGAAUCCGAUAAUAAUGGUGCUGAAAGCAAAAGUGUUGCAGAGGAUGAAUCAUUCGAAGCUUUUGGUACACAUUCAUCCAAUUCUACAGAUGACAAUGAAGACAACAACGUUACAUUUAACUCAACUGAAAUGGAACAUUUAAUGUGGAUUAUUUUAUUUUUAUUCAAGAUGCAA